UGUGCCAACCAACCCGUGUGACAACCAACCCCGUUCUCCCCUACUCGAGCUACAGCGUUUUGGACCAGCAAUCAAAAGGAGCCAUCAAAGACUGUCAGCCAUCCGCAAACUGAAAGGACUCUAUAUUGCCCCUCGUCUCCUCCUACUGCUGUAUCAAAGCAUGAUUCAAUCCAAGGGCUCGCCUACUGAACAGAAGGCUUUGUGAACAGUGUAGAGUGCAGACUGGGUUUUUUUUUAAUGUUGACGUUGGUGUUUGCUUGCAUUAAAGUCUAAAGUCUGAAGAGUCUUUAGAGACUUAUAAAGGCAGCAUGAUCAAAAGGGAAUUAAAGUAAUCAAUAUCAAUUAUAUUAACAGAGCUUCACUUAGGCUUGAUUGCUGUGAACCAUGUACAUACCUCAGUUCAUCACUAGGUGGCAGCACACUAGAAGUGAAGUGAACGUGUGAACCGUUGACGUUAACUCCCUCAUGCCCAGCCCAUACUGUCACUGUGGCUUUAACAGGCAGAGCUGAUGAACAGUCACUGUCAGUCAGAGAACAGACCUGUGAAACCACUGUUCCUGUCCUUUUCAAAACAUGAAAAACCUUCAUUUCAAGGAUUUCUUCUGGAACUCUGACCUGACCUGCACUGGUGGCUAUGAUGCCAUCAUUCUGUAUCUCAAUGAUGGCAGAAGGACAUGCAAAGAGGUGGAAGAGUUCAUGAAAGCCAGGGCCUCAAUUGAAGAAAAAUAUGCCAAAGAACUGCUGGGUUUGUCCAAGAAGGUGUGUGGACACAAUGAGAUGAACACCCUGAAAAGAUCACUGGACGUGUUCAAAUUACAGACUGAACAUGUGAGUCUGUCACACCUACAACUAGCCCAGAGCAUGAGGGACGAGGCCAAAAAACUGGAGGACUUCAGAGAAAAACAAAAAGAAGCAAGGAAAAAGAUUGAGCAGCAGAUGGAUGCCCUCCACAAACAGAAGUCUUCACAGUUCAAAAAGACAAUGGAUACCAAGAAGACGUACGAGCAGAAGUGCAGAGACAAAGAAGAGGCCGAUCAGAACGUGAACCGAAACACCAACACCAACAACACCAAGCACAUAGAGAAGCUCUACUCAAAAGCACAGCAAGCAAAACAGAAUGCAGAAGAAGCAGACAGGUUAUACAUCCAGAAUGUGACAACACUAGGAAAGGUGAGAGACGAAUGGCUGAAGGAACACAUGAAUGCCUGUGAGAUGUUUGAAAAACAGGCAAUGGAGCGCAUUAACUUUCUGAGGAACACAGUGUGGACUCACCUCAACCAACUUUCUCAGCAGUAUGUGACCAGUGAUGAGCUGCAUGAGGAAGUGAGGAAGUCACUAGAACAGUGCGAUGUCCAGGAGGAUAUUGAACACUUUGUUAACCUCAGGCGAAGUGGAGACAAACCACCAGCUCCAGUUGUGUAUGAGAAUUUCUAUAGCAGUCAGAGAUCUCCAACUGGCGCUCAACCAUCUCGACAGCCUCCACCAGUCAUCAGACGAGGGCCGUUACCUGAUCCAGCAAACAGCAGCAGGGACAACUCCUACUCAUCGGUGCAGGACGCGGACUACAGUGUUAUCCAGUACUAACACGCACAGAUCAGCUGGUUAAGAUCAAAUCAGCUGGGCAUGACUGGAGCUUUGUAAUGGACACAAAGCUUACACAGGCCUCAUCACUGUCUCGUUUGUGAUUUCCUGUAAAGAUACCACAUGGAAAUUAGUUUCACAGUUGUGUGAAUGUGUAGUUUAUCACAGCUUUAUAUGCAGAUAUGCUAAUAUUUUUUUAUCCUCAGGUUCUUGUGUAUACAGUGAACCUAUAUAUAUAUAUACGUAUACAUUGUAUAGAACAUUGGUAAAAUUUGCCUUAAUAUAAAACCCUAUUAUCCGUUGAGCUACUUACUUAAAAUAAAUAGCAGAAGUCAUUUGUGCAAGGCUUUUUUCUUCUGCUGCUUUCUGUCAUACUUUCUAUGUACUUAUUUGUAGCAUUACUUUUUAAACAUUAGACUGAUAUUCA